ACAAUUGUAUUGAGCUAUUCUGUAAUAGGCAUUAUUGUUAGAUUGAAUUGGAAAAUUGAUUCAAAUCUAGUCGGGAACGGAUGAUUAUUAGUAGUUUCAUAGCGGCACCUUUUUGUAAAACACACUUACCUCCGUUUUAUGGAACAAAGUGCCGAAUUUGUGCAAAAAAGGGUCUCAGUGGGGAUAAGCAACAAUUAUGUCUAAACGAGAGACGAAGAACGUUAGAGACCUCUCCAGCUGUGAAGUUUCGUUCUCGAUUGCGUUGGUCUCCUAGGUUACGUCACUAUGUUCCGUUUUGUUUUGUUGCUAUGCAGUUUCCAAGUUCCCCUAAUGAUAACGCUUCUGAAGCUAUUGGAGACGCAAGUAACACUUCCCUUUAUGGAGAGGAGUUGAGUCUAGAGGAUGAAGAACAAAAGAGAACUUUUGUUCCUGAAAAGUUGCCUUCUUGGUUGCGCUUGAAGAAUCCCUGGAUACAAUUGGUGGUUAUGUUAGGAUUGUACGUUGUCCAUCUACUUUUCUUAUCCAAGAAAGGUUGGGAUAUAUCAAAGAAGCUUGCGCCUCCAGAUCGAGGCAGAUUUGAUGCCGUUGGUCUUGAUACCAUAUCAGGUUUAUUGGUUAUGAUUGUGGCAUUCGUCCUUAGAAGGAUGGCUGGUGUUAACCUUAUUCCCAACUUGAUUGAAGUCCCAAAGCCACCUUGGAAGGUACCAACGGCAACCUACGACAAACUUGGAGCCACGACGCUGCUUUUGUUUCUAGCUUACCUUGCGUCUGGUUAUGCUGCGGUGUUUUGUGAGCAGCUAUUGUUAUUGUUAUCUUUCUAUGGUGUGCCUUUAACUGUAGCUUCGUUACGUGCUUGGAAGGUGCUGCUUGGACACCUCAUUUGGGUUUAUAUGGCUGUAAAAAUCUUAGGAAAUCGUCUAGAACCUUUUUUUCCGCCAAAAGGAAGCUGGAUAAAGUGGCGUUGGAGAUCCAACUGGCUUUGGUGGGUUAUUGGAGGAUAUUACGGAUCUGGUUUGUUAUUCAACAUAGCGGACUCCUUCAACCAGUGGAUACUACCAAGCAGUCUCUUUAAUGAUGAAAGCGUCGUAUCCAAGCUAGUGAAACCUGAAAACAAUGAUCUUUUUGCUAUGGCAAUAGGCGCAAUAGGUCCUUGUAUUACUGCCCCUGUUUUUGAAGAAGUGCUAUAUCGAGGCUAUCUUUUACCUGCACUAGCGACUAUUAUGCCCAUUCGGUUUGCUAUCCCGCUAAGUUCUGUUUUAUUUGCAGUUCAUCAUUUGAAUAUAGGCAGCGUUAUUCCUUUGACUGUUUUAGGAUGGGCUUGGGCAUUACUUUACGCUCAUUCAAGAAAUCUUUUGGUAACCAUUUUGAUUCAUGCCCUGUGGAAUAGUCGGGUUUUCUUGGGUUCUCUCUUAGGACUUUAAAUAAUGAAAAUGAUACAAGCAGUAAAAUCAAGUUGCUUUUACAUACAUAGUCAUCAUCGCUCUUAUUUAGAUAAAACGUCCAUUGAAUCC